AUGAAUUCCAAGAGAAUAGGAGUUUUAGGAGGAGGACAACUCGGUCGUAUGCUAGUAGAAGCAGCGUCUCGUCUAAACAUAUCUAUAACAAUCCUUGAUAUCCCUGUUGACUCUCCCGCAAAACAAAUUCAAGCAACGUCAAGACAUAUCCAUGGUGACUUCAAAGAUCCCCUAAAAAUUCAAGAACUUGCACAAAAUGUAGAUAUAUUAACGAUUGAGAUCGAACACGUCAACGUUGAAACUUUAGAAACUUUAUUUUCCGAAAAAAAGAUUGAAAUACAUCCACAUCCUUUUACAAUUCGUAUCAUUCAAGAUAAAUUUUUACAAAAGACACACUUAUCACAAAAUGAAAUACCCGUUGUAGAUUUUAUUGAUAUUUCUGAUAGGGAUUCAAUAAAUAUUGCAGUAAAGAAAUUUGGGUAUCCUUUAAUGUUAAAAUCUAAAACUUUAGCUUAUGAUGGUCGAGGAAAUCAUAUAAUAAAAUCUGAGGAUGACAUUACCAAAGCUUUAGAAACUUUAGGAAAUUUUCAAAAUCCAUUAUAUGCCGAAAGAUGGUCACCGUUCGUUAAAGAAUUGGCCGUUAUGGUAGUUAGAAGUGUUGAUGGUGUGAUGAAGAGUUAUCCUGUAGUAGAAACAGUUCACAAGGAAAAUAUUUGUCAUUUAGUUAUUGUUCCAGCUCAACAUGAUAAUAUCAUUUUAGGACGCGCCAAAGAAAUUGCAGAAAAAGCAGUCUUAACUUUUAAAGGGUGCGGAGUAUUUGGAGUUGAAAUGUUUUUGAUGAAGGAUGGACAAAUUUAUGUUAAUGAAAUUGCACCACGGCCACAUAAUUCUGGACAUUAUACAAUUGAAGCAUGUCAAACUUCACAAUAUGAGAAUCAUAUUCGAAGCAUACUAAAUAUGCCAAUAGGAAGCACGUCUCUUAAAGUUCCAGCGGCAGCAAUGAUUAAUGUCCUUGGAAAGUCAGAUAACCUACAAGAAACUUUAAGCCCAUGCGUAGAAGCUUUGACAACGUCAGGAGCGACGAUUCAUUUGUAUGGAAAGAGAGAAUGUAGGAAAGGCAGAAAGAUGGGACACAUAACGAUAGUUGCAGAUUCAAUCUCACAAUUAUACGAAAGAAUCAAUCCAAUUCUUAAGAUGAUUGAUGAAAAUGAUAGUUCAAUAACAACAACAAGGAGUAAUAUUCAGCCUUUAGUUGGAAUCAUCAUGGGAAGUGAUUCGGAUUUACCUACAAUGAAGCCUUGUGCCGAAAUAUUGAAAUCAUUUGAUGUACCAUUUGAAUUAUCCAUUGUGUCAGCUCAUAGAACUCCAAUGAGAAUGGUACAAUAUGCAAAAGAUGCUCACGUUAGAGGAUUAAAAGUUAUAAUUGCUGGUGCAGGUGGUGCUGCCCAUUUACCUGGCAUGGUAGCCGCUUUGACCCCUUUACCAGUUAUCGGUGUGCCUGUUAAAGGCAAAACUUUGGAUGGUGUUGAUUCUCUUUAUAGUAUUGUUCAAAUGCCUCGCGGAAUUCCUGUAGCAACAAUAGCAAUCAAUAAUUCAACAAAUGCUGGAUUAUUGGCGGUUCGCCAAUUAGGUUCUUUUAUACCUAAUUAUUUACAAAAAAUGCAAGAAUUUAUGGAAAGACAAGAAAAUGAAGUUUUAACUAAAGUUGAAAAAUUGGAUAAAGUUGGCUGGGAAAAUUAUUGA